GGUGAAGGGAAAGGAAAAAGAAAAAAGAAAAAAAGGAAAAAGAAAAAAAGGGAAAAAUAAAAGAGAAAGUCAUUUAUGGUGAAUCCAAAAGGAUGAUAGGAGCCCAAAUCCCAAAUCUCCUCAGCUUUAUAUAAUCACAAUUUGCGAAAUCACAUUUCCAUAAUUUUCCUUUUUUGUCUCUGGAACUUUAAUGUUGUUAAUUUAAUUUAUUUAUUUAUUUUUUUUGUUACAGAGAAUCUCUGAUUGCGUAAUUUAUGGCAUUAAAGUCCUGAGCACGAGCAAUAGUGCCUCGUUAUCUACGCUUCCAAACGGAAGCUACUCAUCAUCCAGCAACUUUCUUACUCUUGCUUUUCUUAUUAUUAUUGUUAUUUUUUAAUUUUCAUAUUCCAUGCUUCGAAUUCUCGGUUGUUUCUGAUUUUCCGGGCGUUUUUCCCUCCAACCAAACGCACCCCCAACUUAUAAUUCGGUUUUCGGAGAGAAGUGAGAAUGCUGACGUGCAUAACUCGUUCGAAGCAACUCAGCGACGAGUCGUUGAAACAGACGGAGGAGGCAAACGCCUCGAACACGCCUGGGACCAAGCAGCAGUCGAUCAAAGCUCUCACAUGUCAGAUCAAGGACAUGGCGUUGAAAGCGACAGGAGCGUAUCGGAACUGUAAUCCGUGUUCCGCUUCAGUGCAGCAUCAGAGCAGGAGUUACGCAGAGUCGGACUCGGCUUCGGCGUCGGAGAGGUUCAGAUGGUCGUACCGUCGGACGGGGAGUUCGAGCUCGACGACGCCACGUUGGGGGAAGGAGAUGGAGGCGAGACUGAAGGGGCUUUCGAGCGGCGAAGGCACGCCGGCAUCGGCGAGUGGCCGGCGAGUCGAAUCGGUCGUAUUCGUUGAGGAGAAUGAGCCGAAAGAGUGGGUGGCUCAGGUCGAGCCCGGCGUGCUCAUCACCUUCGUCUCCCUUCCCCGUGGAGGGAACGAUCUCAAGCGCAUUCGGUUCAGUCGAGAAAUGUUCAACAAAUGGCAAGCUCAAAGGUGGUGGGCAGAGAAUUAUGAUAGGGUCAUGGAACUCUACAAUGUUCAAAGGUUUAACCGCCAAGCCUUCCCUCUUCCAACACCUCCAAGAUCUGAAGAUGAGAGCUCAAAAAUGGAAUCAGCAGAAGACAGCCCUGUUACGCCUCCAUUGACCAAAGAACGCCUGCCUCGUAACCUGUAUCGUCCCUCAGGACUGGGAAUGGGCUACUCAUCCUCGGAUUCACUUGACCAUCACCCAAUGCAACCGCGUCAUUUCUAUGACUCAGGUGGUCUCACUUCAACCCCAAAACUCUCCAGCAUAAGUGGGGCAAAGACAGAAACAUCAUCCAUGGAUGCCUCUAUAAGGACUAGUUCAUCUAGGGAAGCUGAUCGCUCUGGAGAACUAUCUGUUAGCAAUGCCAGCGACUUGGAGACUGAAUGGGUUGAAGAGGAUGAGCCAGGUGUUUACAUUACCAUCAGAGCGCUUCCAGGUGGUACACGGGAGCUUAGACGUGUCAGAUUCAGCCGAGAACGGUUUGGAGAGAUGCAUGCUAGACUUUGGUGGGAGGAGAACCGGGCAAGAAUACAUGAACAGUACUUGUGAAGGAGCUAACCAGGGAUCAUCACAGGUACUGUUCCUUUUUUUGCUGAUUGUGAAGAUGGUGCCUUCGUCGAGUGUCUCGUAUUUGUCCUACAGUCGAGGUCGAGGUCGAGGUCAAGCGUCCUCUAUAGGUAUCUGGCAAAAUGCAGAAGCCAAGCAGCCACAGAGAGCCCAUGCUAGCCCUCACAUACUCAUGGGGGCGAAGGUGCAGGGCUUCUUUGAGUGAGUUGCACUACUCUCUUCCAACAUAGUGAUUUUGCUUCAAAGCAUCAUCAUCCUUGUGAGUUGUGAAUCCUUUCUAUUUCUUUUUUUAAUAACUCAAUUUUUUAUUUUAUGUAUUGGUGGUUGAAAAGAGGAUGAGUCUUUUGUAUUUGGAGUCUAGUGGGUGUAGAUGUUUGAAUCUACAGGGUGAAAUUCAAAAACACAGAAAGCUGGUAAUGCCAACAAAAGGAGAUAUUAUAUAAAUA